CAUAAACAGCACUAAUGAAGUCAGUACAAACUAAAAUUUCAUAGAGACAAUGACUUGUUUAUACUGCUCUACAGACUAUACACUGACAUAGAAUCAUAGAAUAUCAGGGCUGGAAGGGACCUCAGGAGGUUAUCUAGUCCAACCCCCUGCUCAAAGCAGGACCAACCCCAUCUCAUCCAGGGAUGUACAUCAAGGAAAUUUAUUCUGCAAAGGUUCUUGAUGGAAAGGCUGGUAUUUGUGCUGAGCAUUUGUGCAUUCUUGCGCAAUGCAGAACAAGCGCCAUUAUUUCUUAUUACUGCACCAAAUGUGGUACAUGUGGGAGAACAUGAGACAAUAACUGUUCAAGUACACGGAGCACAGAGCUCUGUCAAAGUUACAGUAUAUUUCAAGGAUGAGAUAAAUAGUGAGCUACUAUCAGACAUGACUGUCUUUACCCUCAGCCAAGAGAACAACUAUCAGGAAAUGAAAAAAAUUAUGGUCAAACCUGAUCUGAUGCCUGAAGAUAUGUUCAAGAAAAGACGAAAACCAUAUGUUCUCCUAGUUACUGAAAGCAAGGAGCUUUUUAAGGAACAUCCUCAGCACACUCGCAUCCUCCUGUCUUCCAAGAAGGGCUACAUUUUUAUUCAGACAGAUAAACCUAUAUACACACCUAGUACAAAAGUCAAGUACAGGAUCUUCACCUUGGACAAUGCAAUGAAACCUGCAAAUGAGAAGAUUCAAGUCAUUGUACUAAAUUCAAAAGGAAUGGUGGUUAAAAAAUUAGCAUUGCAGACAAAGCCAAUGACCAGUGGACAUUUUGUGAUACCUGACAUUGCAGAUCCUGGAAACUGGAAAAUCCUGGCUUGGUUUGAUGGGUAUGAGAUGUCCAAUAGUUCAGCUGAAUUUGAAGUUAAAAGCUAUGAACUUCCAUCUUUUGAAGUCAAACUUAUCCCAUUUGAGCCAUUCUACCAUAUUUGGAACAAGACCUUUACAUUUGAUAUUUAUGCGACGCACUCUUAUGGAAAAGGGAUAGAUGGUGUUGCAUAUGUGCGAUUUGGCAUAAUAGAGGAAACUGAUAAAAAAAUCUUUCUCCCAGGCCUGGAACAACAGCCUUCAAUACAAAAUGGAAAAGGAAUAGUCACAUUAAGUACCAAAGCUUUAGAAGAAAAAAUAACAAAGAACAUUGCUGCUUUGGAAGGGCAUUUUUUAUAUGUCUCUGUUACAGUUAUUGAAACUGCAAGUGGUGAAAUCCAGGAGGAAGAACUCAGUAGUGUGAAGUUUGUCAAAUCUCCUUAUACUAUCGACCUGUCCCACACCAAACAAUAUUUUGUGCCUGGGGCACCUUUCUCUGUUGUGGCAUCUAUAGCUUCUGCUGAUGGUUCUCCUGCUGCUGACGUGUCUGUUACUGCAACUCUUACCCGAGAUAGAAAAGACCCAAAGAAAAAGACUGCACUUUCUAGUAAAGAAGGUGUAGUAUCCUUUGAAUUCAACAUUCCUCGUGCUGCAGAGAAGCUACAAAUAAUGGUGAGGGCUGAAGAGGGGAAGCCUGGCAUGGAAUCAGCCGGACCCAAAACCACUGCUGAGAGAUACCAGUCUGCUACCCAGAACUACCUUAGUAUCAGUGUUCCACAUGCUGUCAUAGCACCUGGAGAUACUUUACUUAUUACCUUGAAGGAUGUCCACCGGUCCAGCAGCAGUAACAUUGACUAUUUCUAUUACAUGGUGCUAACAAAGGGGAAAGUUGAGGUUAUGGGAAGGGUCCCAUAUGCAAACAAAAUAAUCACCCUGGAUGUUACUGAGAAAAUGGUGCCUGCAUUUCGCUUUAUUGCUUACUACUUCAUUAAAAAUCAAGGCCACAGUGAGAUUGUGGCUGACUCUGUGUGGCUAGACAUUGUGGAUGCCUGUGAAGGAAAGAUUAAACUGAAAACAGACCGAGACACAUAUGAGCCAACGGAACUGGUAAAUUUAUCCAUUGACACAGAUCAUGCAGGAACUGUUGCCUUAGCUGUGGUUGAUACUGCAGUUUUCAUUCUAAACAAAAGGAAUAAGCUUACGGCCAAAAAAGUCUUUGAAGCAAUGAACUCAUAUGAUCUUGGAUGCUCAGUGGGCGGAGGUGCUAACAGUGCUCAAGUUUUCAGUGAUGCGGGUCUGGCCUUCAUAUCAAACACAAUUAAAUCACAUUUUCGGCAAGGGUAUAAGUGUUCCCCUGCUACCAGAAGACAAAAAAGAUCAUUGGAUUUUCACAAGCAAAUUUCAGGAAUUGCUAGCAAAUACCAAGAUCCUGCUCUACGAAAGUGCUGUCAGGAUGGAAUGAGAUUAAAUCCAAUGAAGUUUUCUUGUGCCAAAAGGCUAACUAGAGUUACUGGCUCAAUCAAAUGCAAAGAAACUUUCAAGUACUGUUGUAAGAGGGCUCAGAGCCUCAGGAAGGAGCUGGAGAAGAAGAGACUAGCUUCUGCACUGGCAAGAAUUGGUGACGUUCCAGAAGAAGAUGUGUUUGAUGAAACUUCAAUCAACUUGCGCAGUGUCUUUCCUGAGAGCUGGUGGUGGGAGACAGUAGAAAUAAAAAACCCUGGACAGCAUAGGAUAACAAAUGCUAUUCCUGACUCUAUAACUACUUGGGAAAUUCAAGCAAUAAGUAUAUCACCUCAAAAAGGAUUCUGCAUAGCUGACCCUAAGACCUUUACGGUUUUCAAAGAUUUUUUUGUAUCAGUAAGGUUACCAUAUUCAGUUAAACGGUAUGAGCAGCUAGAAGUAAAAGCAGUUGUCUACAACUACCUCUCUGAAGAUCUCAAGGUUACAGUGAAGAUGAUCACAGUGGAGGGGGUGUGCAGUGCAGGGACAUCGACAAAGGAUGUGCAACAGAAACUAACUAUUAAGGGAAACUCAGCAGUGCCUGCCUAUUUCUCAGUAGUUCCACUCAUUGUAGGGGAAAUUCCAAUUACCAUUACUGCUUUUGACCCAAUUUCUGGACACAGCGAUAGUGUUAUGAAGAAACUCAAAGUUGUGACUGAAGGCAUUUUACGGACAGAAGAAGAGACCAUUUGCAUUAAUAAUAAUUUUAGAAGCCUUGUUCUUGAUCUGAAGAAACCCUCUGAUAUGAUACCAGAGUCUGAGAGCCAUGUCUUUAUGAGCGUGAAAGGGGAUAUAAUGGGUGAGUCCAUUCAAAACUGUCUCAGUCCAGCUGGAAUUGAUAAGCUUAUCAAAGUGCCCACUGGUUGUGCUGAGCAAACUAUGGUGACAAUGGCUCCAGCAACGUAUGCCAUUGAAUACCUGGAUGCAAGUGAACAGUGGAUCAACUUUAAACCUGAACGGAAAGAAGAAGCCCAUAACAUGAUUGCACAAGGUUACACGAGACUUCUUGAAUUUCAGAAGGAGGAUGGCUCUUAUGGAGCAUUCAAAACAACUCCCAGCAGUACAUGGCUGACUGCAUUCAUUGCUAAAGUGCUCACAAGGUGCAGAAAAUACAUCAGUGUCGAAGACCGUUACAUACACAAAGCUGUUUCCUACUUGCUUGGACAACAGCAGGCGGAUGGCUCAUUCCAUGACCCUCAUCCGGUGAUGGACAGACUUAUGCAGGGUGGAGUUGGGAAAGCUGAAGAACAUUUGGCUUUGACAGCCUUUAUAACCAUCGCUAUGCAAGAGGCCUUGACGGCUUUCGAUGAAUCUAAGUCUUCUGAGGUGAAACGAGGCAUUGAGAAAGCUGUCACUUACGUGCAUCGAGAACUCUCACCUCAGCUGAACUUCUACUCAGUUGCAAUCUCUGCCUAUGCUCUGGCUCUUGUGAAACACAAUAGCUCAGAAGCCAAACGAGCAGAACAGAUUUUAAGAGAAAUUUCUACACUCGAUGCAGCAAUGCAACAGCGCUACUGGGGAAAUGGUGAAGAUGCAGUUUCUGUAGAAGCUACCGCUUACGCAUUACUUCAGACAUUAUGCCAGAAGGAUAUCAAGUAUGCAGAACCUAUUGCUACAUGGUUAAUAGAAAAAAGGAAAUAUGGUGGUGGAUACUGUUCUACACAGGAUACAGUGGUGGCCCUGGAAGCUUUGUCACAGUAUAGCAUACAGACUAUAGAAAGCGAUCCCACCAUUCUGAAUCUUGCAUUAAACCUACCUGGAAGGCACAAAAAGCACUAUUUUAACCUGAACAGUAACAAUGUCCAGAUUCAGGAAGAACUACAGUUUGACCUCGGAAGCAAAGUUGAAGUGACGGUAAAGGGCCAAGGAAAUGGGACACUGAGUAUACAAAAAAUAUAUUAUUCUGUUGAAAUGGAGAACACCACAUGUAAUGACUUGAUUCUGGAAGUUGAAAUGGAAGGGAACGUCAAAUAUUCAAGUGCUCUGGAUGCUGAGGAAGAGGACUAUGAUUAUGGGGAGGACCAUGCGACAGAAACCAGAAGAGAUGAGCCCAUGAGCCAGAUAGAAUGGUUUGACAUCCGCAGUAGAAGGAAGAGAGAGGUGCCUGUUCCCGGUAAAACAGAAUCAUUACGUUACAAAGUCUGCGUCAGAUCCGCAGGUCCCAAUAUACCGAAGAUGUCUCUAGUUGAUCUCUCACUUUUAAGUGGCUUGGAACCUGACACAGCUGAACUUGAACAGUUGGUAAAGUCUGCAGACCAAUACAUCGACCACUUUGAGUACAAAGAAGGAAAGGUUAUGCUCUACUUUGGGGAGCUCAGUAAUGGAUCCGAACCUGACUGUGUGUCAUUUGGGGCUAAGCAAAUCAAUCCCAUGGGUCUAGUACAGCCAGCAAACGCCAUCAUUUAUGAUUUUUACAACCCUGGGAGAAAAUGCAGUGUAUUUUACAGUGCACCCAGACAGAGUGCCAUGUUAUCAAAACUGUGCCAUGCAGAGGUUUGCCAGUGUGCUGAAGGUCCCUGUCCACAAAGAAGAAUGACUUUCAGUAAAGCCAUUGCAGCGGAUACACGGGAAAGCUUUGCAUGCUACCACUCUGUUGUAGACUAUGCGUAUAAUGUAGAGAUCCUGGGGAUGACCCAGAAGAAUGCUUUUGAUUAUUAUGAGACCAAAAUCCAAAGAAUCCUAAAAGUCGCUGGUGAUGAAACCAUCCAGAUAGGUGAUCUCCGACAGUUUUUAAAGCAUUCAUCUUGCGAAUUAAAGGUGGAGGCUGGCAAACAAUACCUUCUGAUGGGGAGAGAUGGGCAAACCGUUGACUGCAACAACAAGAUGCAAUAUUUGCUCGAUUCACAAACUUGGAUAGAGGAGAUUCCAGAUGGUAACACAUGCAAAGCCACCACUCGCCGAAAAGCUUGUGCUGAUCUCCAUGAUUUUAUGAAUGAGUAUGAGAUAAACAAAUGCAGCUUUUGAAUCCUGUUAUCACACAACAUACCCUAUACCUGUUAGUGCUACUUUUUCCCUGGGCUGGGUAUGGCCCAUAAAGCAUUAAAGUUCUAGGAACAUGUAACAGAGCUUGUUUUGUUAUUGUGUGUGUAUUUCUAUGAAUAAUUGCCUGCUCCCUGGAUGGGAUUUAUUACUGUGUGGGGAUAGUGUGGCAGAAAUGUCAGCUAAAUUAUAAUUUCAAAUGCACAAAUCUUUCCUUGAAACAAAGACUACAGCCUGGUCAACACUAGAAGAUUAGGUCAGCAUAACUACAUUGCUCGGAGCUUAAGUUGCUUUGGAGACACACCUUAAAAAAAUCUUGAAAGAUAUGUCCCCCCAGUCAGAGACAGAGAAAACUCGUCCCAGACAAUAGUUGCCAUUGCCAUUAAUUGCUGUAUUUGUUGUCUGACUCUAGCUUGUAUGGCAAUAAUUAGAUGUGCUAGAGCUGCACCGUUGCAGUGUAGACAAGACCUACAUGGGAAGGAGGGCGAAUAGGCCAGAACAGCUACAUCUCUCAAGGGUGUGGGUUUUUCACACCCUUGAGAGAUGUAGCUAUACCAAAUGUAAAUUCCUAGUGUAAACCAGGCCUUAGACACUGAGGAAAUAGGGUCCUUAGAAAUAUUUAUAAUGGAUGAUUGCACCAGAAUGCCCAGAGAGGCAGAUAUCUGUGACAGCCAGUUAGGGGAGUAGAUGUUUGACCCAUACAUAGAAAAUAAACACAUCUUGGUCAAUUAGAAACUUGGUUAGUGAAGUCUGUACAGCAAGCUGUAUAGCUCAGUCAAUCAGAGCAUUUUAAGCACCUCAUAGGGCUGUUCUCUGUCUCAGCCUCAGCCCAUCACAAAAAGGUUACUGCAGAAUUAGAGGUGGUGGAGGCGUUCAGAUGAGGGUGAUGAGAAUGAUAUUGGGCAUGGAAAAUCACUCAAGAAGCAAGAAUGGAAAGGAGGGGAGAGGAUGAAAACAAAAAAUAAUGACUGGAUUAGAGAAGGUAAAUUGGGAGCUUCUGUUCUCCUGUCUCAUAACACAACAAGGGGACAUUAAAUUAAAAAGGCAGGCAAUUCAAAAUUGAUAAAAGGAAAUACUUUUUCACAUAAUAUGUAAUUAGACCAUAAAACCUACUGCUGCAGGAUAUCAUUGAGGCCAAAAGCCCAGCAAAAUUAAAAAAAAAAAUUGGCAAUUUACAUUGUUAACAAGAAUAUCCAGAGUUUUUACUGUUAAUGCUAACACAAAGUUUUGGAAGCAAUGCUAAAUCUCUUGCUGCAGGGUCCUUAUACCUUCCUCUGAAGCAUCUGGUGUUCGCUGCUAUCAGUAACAGGAUCCUAGACUAGAUGGAUCUCAGGUCUGCUCCAGUCUGGCAAUUCCCACAUUCCUUUCACAUACACUAGCAGCAGUAGCCCACUGGUGGCAGGCAGAGACACCUCUCAGUUGUUCUCCCCUCUCUCUAUUUUAUUUAAGUCAGCUGCUGUGGCUGUGAAGAGAAACUUCAAAAUGUGAUCAAGUGGCAGAGUUCACAGAGACCUGAUACAAUAGCUCUUUGGUGUGAUCUACCCUAUCAAUGUCAAAGGAUGCUAACUCAUAUGACAGUUAUGAUACUUUACAGUAUUGACUAUUUUGCUGCCCAUCACACCUUGUGUGAAAGGAGAGAAAGCCUCCUAUUACAAAUAUCUACAUCAAUGUGUCCCAAAUAUGGGGGGCAUGGGGAAAACAAAGGACUAGCUGGGUGCAGAGGUGGGAAGAAGAUGCAUACAUUAAAAUGUGUAGGUAUUUAAACCCACAUGGCUGGGUUCAUUUUCCUGAAAAUAGGCUCAGCUUUUGAAAGUGCAAGAAAUGCUUCUCUAACCACUGGCAAUACGUGCUCUUCCUUUUAUUGUACAGAGUGCUGAUUAGUUUGGAUGCCAAAUACCACAUAGGCCUGGUUCUGAUCCCACUUACACUUGAGGAAAACUCCAUUAAAGUCAAUGGAGUUACUGCUAAUUUACAUCUGCGCAAGAGCAGGAGGUGGUGCUAGAUCCACUAAGAGACUUGCGCUCAGCUUUGCAAUGCCUACAUUUUGGGUACUGUGUCACCCAGUAGAAACUGUAGCACUGAAUUAGGG